CCCAAACGAUCUAACAACAGAACUCACCGAUAAAACACAUAAAAUACUCAUCACUAUCGGAAUUACGUAUUCUGUUUUAAAGGUUGCAGUGAGUUGAAAACGAGUUCUUGCGAGUGUUUCAAUAAUAAAAAGGCGACUCCGCGAACUUUUGACUACUUCCAAAGUUUCAGCAACGCAUUAAAAACUCCGCUACACUUGAACAUCUGUCUGCCGAGUGUCGUCGGAUUGCACCAAUAAAAAUGAUGUGGUGGGCAGUAUGGUGCGCGGCGAUGGUGGCCGGCAGCGUGUUCACUGCAGCGGCACCCCCAACUGACUCCAUCGACCUCAUGCAAAUGGAUCCUUCUCUAGCUGACGAUGAAAGUCUGGGAUUUGCAAUGCAAUCUCUGAGCGGUCGUUACGCCGCUGCUCCGUGGCUCUACCUUCUUGCUGACGUGUCACACGACCCUCAGAAUGGCAGCGACCGUGUUAAGAGACGCAUGCCGUCCCUCUCCAUUGACAUGCCAAUGUCUGUGCUGCGUCAGAAGCUCAGCCUUGAAAACGAAAGGAAGCUGCAAUCCCUAAGAGCUAUGGCUAACAGGAACUUCUUGAAUGACAUCGGCAAACGCGGAUUCCAUUGGGCGCCAUCGGCAAAGCCAGCAAAGUUCUAUUAAGUCAACAGUUACACUAAAUUCGUAAUCCGGACAUUGGAAAUCUUAAAUCUCUGACAUUUAAUCGAAAAUAUUAUAGAUCUUUUUAAACAUAAUAUAUAACUCGUUAAAAAUGAUGAAAAUGUAAUAUAUUAAUGUUUUUAAUUAUUAAUCACUUGGAAAAGUUCAA